UAAUAUGCAAUGUGUUAACUGGGUUUGUAAGGAAAACAUGGGAAAUGUUUGUAGUUGGAGGAUUUUUAAGCAUCCGUGACAUUGGGUUUCCUGUAAUGCGAUCUAUGUUGGCAUUGUAUGUCAGCCCAAAAUUAUAUGGUUCUGUGUUAACUCUAGUAUCUGCAUUGGAAGCUGUAUCUUCAAGUGGAGCUUCAAUAUUGUUCAAUGAAGUAUAUCAUCCCGAAGCAGUUGUUAAUGGUCAUAAUAUCAAUGCUGGUGUCAUAUUUUGGGUAUCUGCUGGAAUAUGGGCAAUAAACAUCCCACUUGUUAUGAUUUUGCUGUAUUUUGAUGUAUUUAAAGCAAAAGUACAUAAGGCUAAUCCUGUCCAAUUGGUUGAUGAAGAGAAAUUGCUUGCUUCCAAUAGUAACAACUAUGGUGCAACCAUCAAUCAAUAACUAAUAAAAUUGAAUUAUUUUAAUUCAUUUUUGGGCAUUUUGGCAGCAAUAAUUAACUUAAUAUAAAA